CAUAAUGCGGCCGAACGCGACCUUGCCUUGCACCCCUGCGUCGGUUCGCCUUGCAUGUUAUCAUAGCGAGACGCCGCCCAACCUUUCAUGAUAUGAUAAGGCGUAAGAAGUAUACAUGGAGACUGCUAGUAACACCUGAGUGGAGAAUGCGGGCAGCCACAAACGAGGACUAGCAAAGGUUUGACCGGGCAGCACGAACAGCCGCGGAGCUGUGUUCGCUGCGGAGCUUCUGGGCAGCGGCUGCAGGGGACAUGAAGCCUAGCAAAUACGAUGUCGCCUCAGCGGCGUUGCUAUCACACAUCUACCGGCGCGACGGCGAGCUGGGGAAGGACAUGGCCAAAACCAUGCGCAGAGCAGGCGGGUCGCCUUUUGAAUCCCUGCACCGUGCCGUCCGCGGCGCCGAGUCCCGGCAGCUCGCGGACGUCGCUGAGCUGAGCGCUGGGCUGCUUACAGUGCCCAGCUCAUCAGGCAGCGACGAGGGCCGCAUAGGUGCCACCCCGCCCAGGUCAGCCCAGCGACCCGCACCUGCAGCGCUCACGCCCAUUCUCCAGGACGCACGACGGGCCAUGCUCAUCGAGCGCCGGCUAGCGAAGAACUACAACAUGAUCGAUCCUCGCCCAGGGACAGCAUCAGCAGCUGCAGGCACCAGCACCAAGCGGACCCCGCCCCCCCGCAGCGACAGCGACACGCUCAGCCUCACUGACGACGACUACGACAGCGCAACCAUCGCGAGCAGCAUCAGCAUGUCGACCAUGCCGACCACCGUCAUGGCCCUCCUCACAGACGACGAGCGGCGGCGCCGCGGGCGCCGCGACUACGGCGUAAACGGCGGUGGCGGCAGCAGCCGCGGCCGCGGCCUGACCAGCGCCCUUCGCUCCAACUCCCAGUCGCCCGACCGGCGCAACCGCCGGGUGGAGGUGCUCAGCCCUCCGGGCACCAGCGGUCAUGGUCGGGGGGCUGCAGGCGGCCGCCAGGCUGCAGCGGGGCCAGGUGCCCAUUCGCCGGCUGUCCGGGCGCUGGACACGCUAAUGCGGGCUGCCAGGUCAGCCGGGCGCAGCCGGGCACCGCGCGAGGGGUCGACACGACGUGCGUAUGAUGGUGGCGGUAGUGAGGACGACCUUGACUGGGGCUCAACCAUCCUGGGCUUGAACGACGGACUGAGCAGUAUCCUGUCGGGCUCUGAGGCGACAGCUGCGCUGGAGGCGGCGGCAAGGGCGAUGCGGCACAACAGCCGGCGGGACGCGCCACGGCGGCCGGAGCUCCUAGGCGUACGGGACCGCGUCACGGCUGCGCGUAGGGCCGGUGACGUGGGGCGUAGGGAGCAGUGGCCUGAUGAUGGCAGCAGCGUGACGACUGCCUCCACUUCCGUGACCUUCACCACCAACAUGACAGCGGCAACGCCGCGUCGGGGCAAUGCUACUGUUGCCGGCAGCAGCAUUUCGCGCCUCACUCCGGAGCGGCUUCGCGCAGUGACGGCCGCCGCAGACAACGCAGCUGCGGCGGCUGGAAGUGCCAGCGCUCAGAAGAUGAGCGGCUGGGAGCGACUGGCCCUAGCUGCGGCGCGGAUGGCAGAUGGCAAUGGAGGAGGAGGCGGCGCGCGCGGCACCAGCAAUGCGGCAAGCGCGCCAACCGCAGCCAGGCGCACGCCUGACGCGGGACGCAGUGGCGCGCGCGCCGGCGGGUCCCGACGGAAGGAGACGAGCACCGACAGCAGUAGCAGCAGCGGCUUUGAAGACCUGGGCAGUCGGGCUGAUCGCGGCAUACAGCGGCGAGGGGCUGCGACUCCUCAACAGAAGCAGCAACACCGCACGGCGGCAGGGCGCAGCCGCGGCCGCAGCCCUGACAUCCUGUCCUGGACGACCACUAGCAGCAGCGAUGGUGAACAGGAGCGGCGCCGGGGCCAGGUAGCGGCAGCGGCAGCGACUCCGCGUCGCGGCACAACACCUGGGCGGGUGCAGCGGUCGCCCCAGCCGCAGCCGCAGCAGGGCGCAGCGGCGGGUGGCGGCGGAGGCAUGAGUGGCUGGGAGCGGCUGGCGGCAGCAGCGGCACGUGCAGAAGAGCGGGAUGGCGCAGCUGGGGCACCGCGGCGGAGUUCCGCGGUGCGGAGCAGCCCGCAGCGCCGUCGGCCUCAGCCCCCUGGGCUGGCCUCCUCCGCGCCCUCUGAUGCCGGCACCCGCACGAGCCGCGGCACCUGGCUCUCCUUCCUGCCGCCGCCGCCGACCACCCAUGCCUCCACAUAUGACGACACCUACACCACGGACGACAGCAGCGAUGAAGACACGGUCACGAGCUCCGACGCUUCCGAUGCAGGCGGCGCGGGGCGGCGGGGGCGGCGGCGCGGCAGCGAUCGGGAGGAUGAGGUGAUGCUGGCGGCUGCGCAGCAGGUGCGGCGGGAGGCGGCGCGCACCGCCAACUUGCGGCUUGCGAGCGGCCGCAGCCGCAGCCGCAGCAGGAGCCGGAGUCGCAGCGCGAGCCCCUCAGUGCUACGCCGGCCGCCGCGCAGCGUAGCGUGGCGGGCUGACGUGGUUGGUAGCGAGCGCACGCUGGCAUCGACUGCGUCGCCAACUGCAGCAGGCACUCGUGACCUGCCAGGGCGCAUUGAGCGGACGAAGCAGGCACUUGCGCGGCUGCAGCUGGGCUCACGGCUCUUGCAGGGUCCUGAAGUGGACCGGCCGCCGAACAACACGGCCGAGCGUCGCCGGCUUGAAGCGCGGCGACACAGCCGCCGGGAGGCCGUGGCGCACGAGAUGCGCCUCAUGCGCAAGGAGCUGGGGCUGGGCGCACCUGCACCCGCUGCACCAGCUGCCGCUGCCGCCGCGGCCCGCGCCGUAAGCCGCAGUCCCCAUCGCCGGCUCCCUGCCUCAAGCGGCUCCCGCGCUGGCGGCGACGGCGGCGGCGCAAGUGACUGGGAAUCGGCCCUGGGAGCAGACGACGACGGUGACGGCGGCAGCAGCGUCGAGGGCUGGGCGGAGGACGGGCUCUCCGACCUUGUGUCGUUGGUGGUCGGCCGCCGCGGCCGGGGGCACGGCGGUCGCCGCGGCCGCGGCUCGCGGGGCGCCUCGGCUCCUGCAGACUCGUCCGGGUCAGCGGAGACCUCUGGGGAGGACUCGGACGACCCGUCUUACAUCGUGCGGCAGCGGCUGGCGCCCGCCAAGCGCGUGCGGCUGCUGCGCUCGCUGCGGGCGCUGCAUACUGAGCGGCCGGAGCUGCUGCAGUCGCGCGGCUACAUGCGGCGCCUGCGGCGCCUGCUGCGCUGGCUUGCGGGCGAGGACGGCGCCACGGGCGGCAGGCGCGGCGCCGAGAUCGCCGCUACCGAGCAGCGGUUGUUCCGGGCGGUGACCAGCGGCAUCGGGGGCUCGGGUGGCGGCGGUGGCGGGGCCGGGUCAAAGCGGACAGGCAGCCCCUCGCGUGGCGGCGCCCUGGCGGCCCUGGCAGCCAUCCUAGGUGGAGGCAAGCGGCGGAGUGGCGGCGGGGCCAGCGGUGUCACCAGCCAGCGCACCUCGUCGCCGGGGCAAGGGCGGCGCCGGCUGCGCAGCAGCAGCGGGGGCGGCGCCGGCGGCGGGCCAGCCACAGACGCCAGCACCUUUCUGAGCACCCGGGCGAGCAGUAGCCGCGGGACUAGCCCCGACAGCGCCGGUGAUGACGGCAGCACGAGUAGCAGUAGCAGCAUGGAGGACAUGGUCCAUGCUGCACGACGCGUGCUUGGUGGCGGCGCCGCCGCUGCCACAGCCGCCGGCACUCGCCGGAGCCGGAGCGCCAGCCGUCACACGCCUCGCCGUGAGCAGACCGCCGGCGAGCGGCAACGCAGCCACAGCCGCAGCCGCAGCGUGUCCCUCAGCGCUGCGUCGCGGGGCGGCCGGCCAGGCGCCGUGGAGACGCCGACGCCGGCGCGCAGAGGCGGCGGCAGCCGCCGCCGCGGCAGCGGUGCUGUGUCGGAUUCUGUCGCAGAGGAGGCGCUGCAGGCGGUGCUGGGGUCGGUGGCCAAGCCCAGUCCGGCGGCGCACAAGGUCGAGGUGGAGGAGGCGCAGCAGGAGGCGCGGGUGUUAAGGCAGGCGCUGCGGGCGACGCGGCAGGAGCUGGACCGAGCGGAGCGCGAGCGGCUGAGUCUGGCGCAGGAGCUGCGCGCAGAGAGGACCGCCGCAUCUGCCGUGGCGGCCGCUGGCUCCCCACGAGGCGCUCCCGCCUCCCCGCGGGGAGACGCCCAAGCUGUGUCCGCCGUGGCACGCGCUCGCGACCCCGUCCCCACCCAGGCCAUGCAUAUUGCAGAUGCUGCUGUGCACGAGCUGGCCGCGCGUGUGGCGCAGCUGGAGGCCGCUAACAGCAAGGUGCCUGCCAAUGCGGGUGCUGCUGCUGCGGCUGCUGCUGCUGCUGCUGCUGCGGCUGCUGUGAGUGCUGUGGGCUCGCCACGGGCGCUCCAGGCAGCCAGUCCACAGGCGUGGCAGGCUGCUGGCUUCCAGGUGGCGCCUGCGGCGUCUGCGACGGUCCUGCAGCCGUCACAGGUGGCGCUCGGGGCUGCGCUGGCGGCUGGCGACUCGUCGGCGAUCGCCGACAUCAAGGCACAGCUUGCGGCGCUGGAGCAGCGGCUGCGGGCUGCAACACAGGAGGAGGGGCUGGGGCAACCAGUACCCGGAUCACCAGCAGCAGCACUACUGGUAGGCAGUGCUGCGGUUGGGGGCGGCGGUGCUGCCGGUCUUUACCCUGACUCCUACCCGCGGCAGCCGCCCAUCGCCGCCGGGGACGGCGGCUGGUUGCCGUCGUCGGCCUCGGCCGCGGACGGGAUCCACAGGCCCGAGCCAGCGUUGCUCGGCAGCAGCCCCUUUCACGGAGCUGGGGGGCCUGCCGUAGGUCAGCGCAGCGGCGCAUCCAGCCGCUCUCCAAGCGCGGCCGCCAGUCGCUCGGCCUCUGCCAUCCUGCGCCGCGCGCCGUCGCCCUCAGGCGCAGCCUCGCUCAGCGGCACGGCAUCACCGCGGGCGGCCCCUGCGCAGCAGACCCUGCCUGUGGCCAUGAGGGCCGGCUCCGUAGCUGCCGCCCAGGCCUCGCCUCCCGCAAGCUGCACAGGCAGCCGUGCGGCAUCCGUUCGUGCUGCGUCGGCUUCAACCCGUUCGCCGGCUCGCUCAGCCGCUGCGGUCGGCGGUGCUAUCGGCCGGCCUGUGUCGCCGCUGCGGACCAGCAGUAGAUUGGGCAUUGCAUCCGCUGCACCCACGGCCGCAGCCGCAGGACCCGGAGCCGUGGCCCCAUCGCCAGUGCGCCUCAGCCGCCAGUCCAAGUCCACACCGCUCGGUGGCGACCCAGCACGUUCGACAGGUCCGAGCCGCGCCCUCAGCACCUCUUCACAAGCCGCACCCGGUGGCCCCCGCACCCGGGCACCGUCGGCAUCCGGGCCCGCUUCGCGCCCCCGCAGCGGCGCGCAUACGCCCAGGCAGCAGGCGGCGUCGGCGGCAGUGCAGGAGCCCCACUGGAGCCCACAUAUCAGCAGCACAGAAGACGAGGUCGAGGACGUGCACAGCGGCGCUUGGGGCGCCGCGGCACAGGCUGCGCACCCAGCACGGCCCGCCAGCGCGGCAGCGCGUGCAAACCUGGAAGAUGAAGAGGUGGGCGAGGCCUUUGAGCUGCCGCUGUACAGCGAGGGCUCCUUCUCCGCGUACGUGUCCUCUGCCGCGCCCUCUCCGGCCGCGUCCCGGCCCGUGUCUCGCAAGGCACUGGGAAGCGGCCCUGAUGCCGCCGUUGAGCUGCUGCGGGGCCCCGGGGCGGCGGCCGCGGCUGCGGCUGCUGCGGCAGCAACCACUGCGUCCCUCACUGCAUCCCGCGGCGCAUCCAUCACCGCAGCGCCGGCGGCGGCAAUGCCGCAGCCGAUGCUUCAGCCGUCGAGCUCCGGGGCGGCAGCAGGAGCUGGGCUGGCAGGGGCUGCCUCAGGACCGCUGCGUUUAGCCUCUCGCGCCACGUCUGUGGGUGCCAGGCCAGUCGGUCCGGCCGGUCCUGGCUCUACCAGCGUGCGUUCUGCGCGCGGCACCGGCGCCAGUAGUCAUGCGGUUGCAAGCAGUGACGGCAGUAGCAGCGGCGGCGGCCACGGCGCCGGCACCAGCGAUGGCAGUAGCGCUGCUGGGGAGCGCCGACCACUGGCUGGUGUUGGGGCUGCAGGCUCGCUGACGCCCCGCAGCCGAGCGCAGCAUGUAGUGGACUUGAGCCGGGAGCUGGGGGCGCGUCUGGGGGCGCAGGCGGCGGCACUGGCUGUAGCAGCAGGACAAGAUGAGCCCACGCCGCGGCUUCAGUCCUACGCCCAGGCACAGCAGCAACAGCGAACGCCGUCGCAGAGGUCGAUGGCAGCUGGUGGGGGCAGCCAGCGCAGCUUGCGACAGGAGUCUGGGGGCGCGGCGGCGGAGGCGGAGGCUGCGCGACGGCGAUGCCUUGAGCUUGAGUCGCAGUUGGAGGCUCAGGCGGCAGAGAUGCAGCGGCUCCUGGCGGCGGCCAAAGCCAAUGCCGAGGCAGGCGAGCGGCGGGCGCAUUCGUCCGCCGCCGAGGUGCAGCUGGCGGCCCGCUGCCGGCAGCUGGAGGGGCAGCUGCAGCAGGUGCACGGCGAGAUGGAGGAGCUCCUGAGCCGCACCGCUGGCAUGCGGGAGGUCGUGUCGGACGGCGCGGCGGGUCUGCGCGCGCACCUGCAGCAGCUGGAGGAGCGGCUGGGUGGCCUGGAGGCGGAGAACGGCAGGCUGAGGCGGGAGGCAGAGCUGCAGGGCCGGGAGGCGGCGGCGAGUGCGGCGGAGCGGGCGGCAGCGCUGGCCGGGCGCAUCAACGCGCUGCAGGAUGCGGUGGAGGGGCUGAGCCAGGACAAGCAGGAGCUGCAGCUGCAGCUGGAGCUGGCACAGAUGGCGCCCACCGCCGCAGCGGCCGCCAGCCGCACUGCAGCCCGGGAGCGGCAGCAGCUGCAGAACCGCAUCGAGGCGCUGUCUGACCACGUGACGCGGCUGCUGCGGGACAAGGCGGCGCUGGAGCAGGAGGCCAUGAGGCUCCACUCGGAGGCAGCUGCCGCCAAGGCGGCCGCGGUAGCCGCUGGCCCCACCGCCGGCUUUGCCGCCGCCGGCACGCCCGCCACCAUGCCGCGAAGCCGCGCCCGCACCGCCGCCGCCAUCUCCCUGCAACACGAGCAGACCCCGGCCGCAUCGCCACAGGCCGCGGGCCCCGGGGCCGCAGCUACAGCCGCAGGCCCCGGCGCCACUGCUACAGCCGCGAGGCGCGGCGCCGAGGCCGCCAGGGCCCGCGAGGCCCGCGGAGUCAGCGGCGGCGGUGGCGGCGGCGGCAGUAGCGGCAGCGACUCAGACGGGCUACUGCUCGGACGCAUCAUGCAGCUGCAGCGGCAGGUCAAGGCGCUGAGUGCGGAGAACGACGACCUGCGGAUCCAGGCGGGAGCGGGAUCCAGCCGCACCUCGCAGGCGGCGCGCGCGCAGUCGCUGUCGCGACAGCUGGACGCCGAGCGGCGGCUGCGCAGCCACCUGAACGACCUGCAGGUGCGGGCGGUGGAGCACGGCGAUUUGCCACCCGCAACACUGCCGCCGGCACCGCAGCCACGGCAGCCGCCGCCGCCACAGACGCAGGCUGCUGCUGCUCCCCCGGCCAGCCCCAUGGACUACCUGGUGACUAUUGAGACGCACUCCGGUGCAGCCGCAUCCGCACCGGGUUCAGCAGCAGCGGGGCAGCGCGCAGGGCCGCGGCAGACAGGCCAGGAGGAGGGGCACAGGGCUCGCGCUGUCCGGGGCCGUGCGGUCGAGUACGAGGUGGAAGUGGAGGUGGAGGUGGGGCCGGCGCCCCCGGCACCAGUACCUCGACCUCAUGCCGCGACCAAGCGCCGGGUCCUGAGCUCUUCGGAGAGUGAGCCAGGGAGCAGCGGGAGCAGCGGCGGCGGAAGCAACAGCAGCGGCGGGUCUCACGCCAGCGGUCGGCAGCAGCCUGCUGCACCCACAGGCGCCCCUCGUCAUGCGGCUGGCAACACUGCCCAGCUGGCCGCUCCUCAGCUGACCAGCAAGCAGAGCAGCGACCGCAGAAGUGGUGGUAGCAGCGCGGGUGGCGGCAGUAGCGCCAACAGCGGCGCAAGUAGCGGCGGCAGUGGCGGCCGCGGCUUCCAUCGUGGUGCCGUUGCGCCUGUGGCAGUAGCAACCGCAGGGGGGCCUGCACAGCCGCGCUGGGCUGGACUAGCAGUAGCAGCGGCCGAUCCUGCCGUUGCGGCUGUGCCCCCAGUGGAGCGUGUGGACAGCAUCCGCAGUCUCGGCAGCGGCGGCCUGGCUUUGAUGGGCACAGGCGCAGCCGUGGGCCCGGGUGCUGGUACCGCUGGCGGAGGCGGCGGAGGCGGCCGCGUUGAGCCCCUGCGGGCCUCUGUGUCUCCGGCUUCGCGCAGCAGCAGUAGCAGCAGGGAAGAACCGGGGAAGAAGGACAUCGUGAGGCAGCGUGGCCGUGGUGGUGACAACAUCAGCAGAGGUAGCAGCCGGCGGGGCGGCAGUGGCAGCGGUGGCGGCGGGUCUGGCCACAGCGAUGGCGGAGCAGCGGUACCUCCGCUGCCGCCGCCUGCGGAUGCUGCCGCUGUUGCGGCGCUGGUUGCAGCAACGUCACUGAGGGCCCAGCGCUCAUUCCGCUCGGGGCUCGGAGGCAGCAGCGGGGCAGCACGGUCGUGGGGCGGGUCAGCCAGCGACGGCGCGACUGUGGGCGGCCCGGCACCUUUCGGGCCUGGCUCUCGGCAGGUAUCAGCAGCCGCCCGGGCCAUGGCGGUUGCAGCCGUCCCCAAAGAGAAGACUUCCGAGGUGGCGGAGGAGGAGCAGGGGCCGCAGGCAAAUGACGGCACUGCAGGCGGCUCUCGUUCACUCUCGGGUUCGGGUUCCGGUUCAGAUGAUGGCCUUGCCCCCGAGCCGCAGAACCAGACGGCGGCUCCUGUUGCUAUUUCUUCGAUGGCUGUCGGCGGCAAUCCAGCGUCGCAGACCCAGCCCAUACCGCUCCCCACAUCCCAACACUUGCGGCACCGCAGCGGGGCCGGCGGCGGCAGCGGAGGCGGCGCCGGUGGUUUGUCAUCAACCAUGGGGAGUGCCGGCGGCGCAGGCAGUGCCGGUGGUGCCGCCAGCACGACUGGAUUCAACAGCAUGUCGGCGGAGCUAGGCGAUCCAGAUGAGCUGGGCAUGAGUGGAUUCAGCGCUUCAGAAGUGCUUUCAGAGCGUGGAUUCGGAAUCCGCGGCUCGGCACCUGGCAGUAGUGGUGGUGGUGGUGGUGGCUACGGCGUGUGGGGCAUGGCGGGGACCGCCGCUUCUGCAGCUGUCGUGGCCAGGGUAGCGGUCUCUGCGGCCUCGCACUCCGGCUCCAGCAGCAGUGGCGGCAGCAGCAGUGGAGGCGGCGGCGGUGGCGGCAGCGGUCGCGGCAGCAGUCGCGGCAGCAAACAAGAGGCUGCGCCGUUCUCGGGCACUGCGUCAAGACGCUCGACGCAGAGCCAACACUCCGGUGCGGAAGCUGCUGAUGGUGCUGCUGCCGGAGCAGGCGCAGCGCCCGGUGGCGGCAGCGGUGGCGGCGGCAGCCGUGGGGCAGGCUCUGAGCGGCAGCCAUCCGCCCCCGUGUCACGGGCCGCCAGCACGGCCUCCCACCACAGUUACGCGGCUGCUAGUGAGGCCGCCGGGCACAGCGGGUCCGAGCCUGAGCGGCUGCUGCUGCCGGAGAGCUUCAGUGGGGCCAGCAGCCUGGGAGCGGGGCUCGAGGGGUUGAGUGUUGCUGCCGGUGGCGAUGGAGGCGAUGGCAACAGCGGUUCGGGCGCCGGUGAUGGAGGCUACGGCAUGAUUGAGGCGGGGAUGGAUUCCGUUGAGCCUGGUGAUGGGGUGUGGGCUGAGGAGGUUCAUGCGGGGGAAGAGGAGGCGUCGGCUUAUGAUGAGCCCCUGGAGGUGUCGGGCUUGGUGGAGGAGGUGGGGGGUGGCGCUGAGGCCGGGAGUGUGGCGGCUGCAGACAGCAAUGAUCUGGAGGGGGUCGCGCCGCUGCAGCCGUCGGCCGCUGACGACGACUCGGGCAGCGGCAGCGUGUUCUGAGGAGCUGCUGUUUGAGCACGGCAUGUUUGUUCAUGUCGGCUUGGUGGGUGGUGCCUGUGCAUGUUGUAGUUAAGGAGCGGGCAGUCCAGAGCCUGGUG